AUGGCGGCUCCAGCCUUAACGGAAGAGGCAGAAGAGGCACCUCCGAUCGCAAAGGGCGAGCGCCCGCCCCUCUCGACGGCGGCGCUGGCGAAGAUCGAGCGGAACCGGCAGCGGGCGCUGGCACUGCGGCAGGCGCGGCUGGCGGCUCGGCCCUACCCUGCCGCAGGCGUCGUGCGGGUGAGGGCUCCCCCCAAGGUCGUGGAUACGGGAGGGGGUUUCUUCCUGGAGGAGGAAGAAGAGGAGGAGGAAGAGCUGGGUGCUGAGAAAAUCGUUCAUCCACCCGCACCUGUACUAGAAUUUGACUAUCUCAUCUGUGGAGACUGUGGCAAAGAAUUCAUGGACUCCUACCUAAUGCAGCACUUUGAUUGGGCAACAUGUGAUAAUUGCAGAGAUCCUGAAGAUAAGCAUAAGCUUAUAACAAGGACAGAAGCAAAGGAAGAAUAUCUCCUUAAAGAUUGUGACUUAGACAAGAGGGAGCCAGUGCUCAAAUUUAUCGUGAAGAAAAACCCUCACAAUUCACGAUGGGGUGACAUGAAGCUUUAUUUAAAACUGCAGGUAAUCAAGCGUUCCCUUGAAGUCUGGGGUAGUGAGGAAUCCUUGCAAGAAGCAAAGGAACUGCGUCGUGACAGCAGAGAGAAGAUGAAACAGAAGAAGUUUGACAAGAAAGUUAAAGAACUGCGGCGUGCUGUGAGGAGUAGCUUGUGGAAGAAACAAACUAAUAUCCAUGAACAUGAGUAUGGACCAGAAGAAAACAUUGAUGAAGAUACAUAUAAAAAGACAUGUACUGUAUGUGGCCAUGAAUUAACUUAUGAGAAGAUGUAAUCUUUCUUUUUCAUUCUCC